AUGUGUCCUCUGGUGAUGACAGAUGUCUCACAAGCAGCUAAACUGAGAGAACUGGAGCUACAGAAGACUGAGGUGGACAAGCUAAAGCAACAACUUCAAGCACAAGCAGCAGAGCUGAUAAGUGUGAAAACAAGAUCAAACAUCACAGAAAACCAGGUAGAGGCCCUAAAGAGAGACGGAGAAGUCAAACAGGUAGCUUUCUCAGCCUCUCUGUUGGCUUCAGGCUCAGGAACUGUUGGACCAUUCAACACAUUCACUCCUCUGGUCUUCAGACACGUUGCCACAAACAUUGGAAAUGCCUACAACCCAAACACAGGUUUCUUCAUUGCACCAGUGAGAGGAGCCUACCACUUUGAGUUCUACAUAGUUGCACAUGGACAUGCUUCACAUCCUUCAGGUGCUGUGUUGGUGAAGAACGGACAGCAUGUUUUUAUUGCAUAUGAGCAUCAGCCAUCCCAUUAUGGAACUUCUGCUAAUGGCGUCACGCUGCUUCUAGAGGUCGGAGAUGUUGUGUUUUUACGUCUGUGGGUUAACACAAGGAAGGAAGUUUAUCUAAUGGAUCGUCUGCACAUGUCUCCUUUAUCAAUUUCUGGUAAUGAUUGA